ACCAGUUUUGUGUUAUCUGUACUCACCUGUGCCCUGGGCUUAGUGGGCAAUGCUCUUGUUAUCUGGGUUACCGGAUUCCACAUGAAGAAACACGUUGGCAAGAUUUGGUUCCUGAACUUGGCUGUGGCAGAUAUUGUCUUUGUCUUCUGUUUGCCUCUUUAUUGUGUUGCCUUAUUUACAGACAAGUGGCUAUUCGGACGAUACCUAUGUAAAAUAUAUAAUUAUGUAUCUACGUGUAAUAUGUAUGCAAGUAUUUUUAUCAUAACUACCCUAACCAUCGACAGGGUUUUGGCAACAGCUAAACCAAUAUGGCACCAUAACUUUAGCUCUCGCUGUGUUUGUUACGCAACCUGUACAGUGAUUUGGGUAAUUACAGCUCUGUCCAGCCUUCCCAUAUUCUUUUUAAGCGAUGAAGUUAUUUAUCAGGAAAAUGUGCAGUGCAAACUGGUUUAUGUUAAACAGAGAAUAACUACACACAGACUUAGCAACAGAGACGUAACUGCACCACCCUUUCUUGGAGCACCUCUAGAUACUUAUCCUGCACCCCAAUCAGCAUGCGAAGUGGAUAUUGUAGAAACAUACUUUUUAACAAACUGCGUUAUAAUUCCUUUUCUAGUGGUUGGUUACUUUAUCCCAUUGUUUGUCAUACUAUUUUCCAAUGUAAUUAUUGCUCAGCAAGUGAGAAAGUCCGAGUCAGUGAAUACUUCCAGACUGUACAGAAUUAUAAUAACUGUUAUUCUGUUUUUUUUUAUAACAUGGACACCAGUGGUUAUAGCACAGAUUAUUUUGCUGGUCUCUCUGCACAAUCGCAACCUUAUACUCAUGUCUCAGAUGCACAGGUUUAUGCCUCUAAUGACCAGCAUAGCUUAUACUAACUCCUGUAUAAACCCUUUCAUAUAUGCACUGGUUGGUACUCAGCUUAGAGCAGAAAUUACAGAUUUCAUAAGUAGCAAAAGACAGUUGCUUUCAAGAAGCUCGACCUCUGGAAAAUCUUAUGCGGAACCAUAAUAAAUUAUUAUAAUACAGGUA